GGCAACUUACUGCCAUCUGAAGUUCAGAAUUUAGAGAACUUUACCUCUAAUGCUGUUGCUGUAAUUGCUUCAAGGUCUUUGACCUCUUUUGUUGGGUCAAACACCCAUAAACCCAUUAACCGUCUUCCAUAUUUUUUUCGUCUUAUUGCUGGUCCCCCCCCAAAACCAACCAUACGAUUUCCCCCGAGCUCCCCGAAUUCCCCCGCCCCCUCAGCAACCCCCCGCUACCGUCGUCCACCUGACGCAGCCCACCCCCCGCUUUCCGAGCUGGCGUGGCGACGCAAACUCACAAAUAUUUACUUCCUGUACAUCAAAAGGAAAGGGGGGCCCCCUUUCGUGGAAUGUGGCAACAUGGGUGUGUUUGACCGCGGAGUUCAGAUGCUGCUGACCACAGUGGGGGCCUUUGCUGCCUUCAGCCUCAUGACUAUUGCUGUGGGGACAGACUACUGGCUGUACUCCCGUGGCGUCUGCAAGAUAAAGAGCACCAAUGAGAAUGAGACAAGCAAGAAGAACGAGGAGGUAAUGACGCACUCAGGCCUCUGGAGGACCUGCUGCCUAGAAGGUUCUUUUAAGGGCAUGUGUAAACAGAUAGACCACUUCCCUGAGGACGCUGACUACGAGGCAGAUGCUUCAGAAUACUUUCUUCGUGCAGUACGAGCCUCCAGCAUCUUCCCAAUCCUGAGUGUGAUCCUUCUAUUCAUGGGGGGGCUCUGUAUCGCCGCCAGUGAAUUCUACAAGUCACGCCACAACAUCAUCCUCAGCGCUGGCAUUCUGUUCGUCUCUGCAGGCCUGAGCAACAUUAUAGGAAUCAUUGUAUAUAUAUCAGCCAACGCUGGUGACCCCUCAAAGAGUGACUCCAAGAAGAACAGCUACUCAUACGGCUGGUCCUUUUACUUUGGUGCCCUCUCUUUCAUCAUGGCUGAAAUGGUGGGUGUGCUAGCAGUACACAUGUUUAUUGACCGCCACCGGGAGCUGCGAGUUGGUGCACGUGCUGCAGACUACCUCCAAGGUGCUGCCAUCACACGAAUCCCGAGCUACCGUUAUCGCUAUAGACGCCGCUCGCGUUCCUCAUCCCGUUCCACGGAUCCCUCACACUCUCGUGAGGCAUCACCAGUGGGCCUGAAGGCCUUCGGGACACUGCCUUCCACCGAGCUGUCUAUGUACACGUUGCCCAAGGGCCAGACGGGCACCCCGACAGCAACGUAUAACUCUACAGAAAGGGACCACAACUUCCUACAGGUCCACAACUGCGUACAGAAGGACCUCAAAGACUCGGCAGCCAAUCGGCGCACUACGCCUGUAUGAAAAUGAAGACAAAGUGUGGAUUCUAGGGUAGAGUAGCAAAUGAAAAAGGUUUUAGUAAAGAAGGAGGAAGGAGCUGAGAGGUGGAGAUGAGAGAAUAGACUGGCAAGUAAGGGGGAAGGAGGGGGGCUGAGUUUCUGAGUUCUUCAAAAGACCUCAGAUAAUCUUUAAGCUUUUGGU